AUGGCCACCUGGCUGAUCUCAUCUCUAUUGUCACUGGUCUCUCCCAUGGGCAUCUCCACUGGGUCUCUUUCUUCUUUACUCACUUUAUCUCUGCGCUCUCUUUCCUUUCCAGUCUCUUUACCUCAGGGGUCUCUUUCCUCUCCAGUCACUUUACCUCAGGGGUCUCUUUCCUCUCCAGUCACUUUACCUCAGGGGUCUCUUUCCUCUCCAGUCACUUUACCUCAGGGGUCUCUUUCCUCUCCAGUCACUUUACCUCAGGGGUCUCUUUCCUCUCCAGUCACUUUACCUCAGGGGUUUCUUUCCUCUUCAGUCUCUUUACCUCAGGGGUCUCUUUCCUCUCCAGUCACUUUACAUCAGGGGUUUCUUUCCUCUUCAGUCUCUUUACCUCAGGGGUCUCUUUCCUCUCCAGUCACUUUACCUCAGGGGUCUCUUUCCUCUCCAGUCACUUUACCUCAGGGGUUUCUUUCCUCUUCAGUCUCUUUACCUCAGGGGUCUCUUUCCUCUUUACUCACUUUAUCUCUGCGCUCUCUUUCCUUUCCAGUCUCUUUACCUCAGGGGUCUCUUUCCUCUCCAGUCACUUUAUCUCAGGGGUCUCUUUCUUCUACAGUCUCUUUACCUCAGGGGUCUCUUUCCUCUCCAGUCUCUUUACCUCAGGGGUCUCUUUCCUCUUCAGUCUCUUUACCUCAGGGGUCUCUUUCCUCUCCAGUCACUUUACCUCAGGGGUCUCUUUCCUCUCCAGUCUCUUUACCUCAGGGGUCUCUUUCCUCUCCAGUCUCUUUACCUCAGGGGUCUCUUUCCUCUCCAGUCUCUUUACCUCAGGGGUCUCUUUCCUCUUCAAUAUCUUUACAUCAGGGGUCUCUUUCCUCUCCAGUCUCUUUACCUCAGGGGUCUCUUUCCUCUCCAGUCUCUUUACCUCAGGGGUCUCUUUCCUCUCCAGUCACUUUACCGCAGGGGUCUCUUUCCUCUCCAGUCUCUUUACCUCAGGGGUCUCUUUCCUCUCCAGUCUCUUUACCUCAGGGGUCUCUUUCCUCUCCAGUCUCUUUACCUCAGGGGUCUCAUUCCCUCUCAGGUCUUCUCUCCUCCAGUCUCUCUUUCAAGCUCUGGGAAUCUUUAUCACAUCCCCAGCUGUCUCUCUCUGUCUCUCUCUCUCCGGCCUGUCUCUAUCCUCUCGUGGCUCUCCCUUUCUUGAUACGAUGUCAACCUGUAUCUGCCUCUCAGUCACCGGUGAAAGUAGACACCAGCUUCCCAACCUCAACUAGAGCCUCAUACAUACACCUAUGA